CAGUUAAUCGAAUGAAACAUAUUUUUAGCUGUCAUAUUUUAUGUAAUACUUUGUUUUGAACCUAUUUUCUGAUCAAGUAGAACAUAUUUUUUAAACGAUUAUAAGGAGCAAUUUAAAAUGAGUGCAAUAACUAGUGAAUAUCUAAGGAAUGAAUCAAUCGCAUCUCAGCCAUGGCCACCGAAAGCAUUCCUGUACCAACCGUACGAGGAGGGGCAAAUUCUCUUGGCUGAGAAUGCCAGCUGUUUGGCCGUCCGGACAUAUCUUACCAUGUUAAAGCUAGCGUUUGAGGUAAAGCUACAAGCUAACGCCGAAUUCAUGUCACCCGGCGGUAAGCGAACUAAACUGCCGGUUCUACGAGUGGAAAACUACACCUACGCCGAAUUUGAACAUAUUCUAAACUUUGUCGAACUGAAGGGUUUUUCGCUGACAAAAAAUCUGACUCAGGAUGAAAAAGACGACAUGCGAGCUUAUCUUUGUUUGGUGGAGGAAAUUUUCACCAAUGCAGAGCAAUACAUCAGCUGGGUUGAUCCGGAAGUGCUAACGAAGGUGACUAGAGUGCGCCACGGAUGCGUCUACCCUUUCCCUCUUAAUCACAUUCAGAACUGGCGCAAACAAUGGGCCGUUCGCCGUCAGCUGGGUAUUGCUGAAUUUCUUAACCUGUCGCUUGAAGAAGUAGUCUACAAGGUGGACAAACUGUGUCACACUCUUAGUAUGCGGCUGGAUAAUCAGACCUAUUUCUACGGUGAUAACCCGACCGAAUUGGAUGCCCUGGUAUUCGGUCAUCUGUUUAGCAUUUUUACGCUUAGACUGCCAAACGAUGUGCUGGCUGUAACGAUUAACAAGUAUAGAAACCUGACGCAGUUUUGUGAAAAUAUUGAAGCUAAGUUUUAUAAAAAGGAGAAAGUUUCCGUAAAACAAGUUUAGGCGGUCCUGAUGAAAUUUUUCGGAAUAGCUAUUAAAAUCUCUUUUGUUAACAUGACA